AUGUCUGUUUUCAAGCUCCCUAAAGACCUCUGCGACAGACUCACAAGCGCCAUGACUGAGUAUUGGUGGAGCAGUGGCUCUAAUAAAAAGAAAAUCUCUUGGGUAGCUUGGCAAAAAUUAUGCAAGCACAAAGAGGAAGGUGGGCUUGGGUUUCAUGACAUCAGUACUUUUAACCAGUCAUUGUUGGCGAAGCAAGCUUGGCGCAUACUCAACAACCCCUCCUCUCUGGUUGCAAGAGUUCUGAAGAGCAAAUACUGGAAAAAUGGUGAUUUCAUGAACUGUGGUUUAGGCACAAGACCCUCUUUUGCUUGGAGAAGUAUUAUUCAUGGCAGAGAGCUUCUAGCUAAAGGAAUGGUCAUGAAGAUUGGAGAUGGAAUGGCAACAAAAGUCUGGUCAGAUAACUGGAUCAUUGAUCCACUGCCGAGACCUCCUAUGUACCAUCCUGAAGCAGACAUUCCCUCUCAUACAGUAAGAAGAUCCUUUGUGGAAGAUGAUGCAAAUCGUAUUCUCUCCAUGAGAAUAGAUCGCCACAAAUCAGAUACUUGGGGCUGGGGCUUCACUAAAGAUGGCGUCUACACGUCAAGGAGCGGCUACAAACUCUUGGCCUCAUCUCAGGCUCAAAGCUCUCCUCAUACUCGUAGUCUUCCUCCGGUGGAAAAGAAGCUUUGGAGAAGCAUCUGGAAAUUGCACACAUCACCUAAAAUCCGCCAUUUCAUCUGGCGUGCUCUUUCUGGAGCUUUAGCAGUUGCUGACCAACUGAGAUCGAGAGGGAUACCGGUAGACGCUACCUGCAAAUUAUGUGGAACAGACAGGGAAACUAUUUGCCAUACGCUUUUCUUGUGUCCACAAGCACAUGAAGUAUGGAGAGCCGCUCAUCUUCCUCUUCCUCCAGCAGGUUUCUCAAGCAACUCUGUCUUUUUGAACAUUCACUAUCUGCUUGCGUGCACCAGACGGAAGGAGCUCCCUCUCUCUCUCAAGCGCUCCAUCCCUUGGUUGUUGUGGCAUAUUUGGAAAGCUAGGAACUCUUUGAUUUUUGAGAAAAUCCGGCUCUAUCCAGAUGAUAUUGCUGACAAAGCUGACGAAGACAGUAAGCUAUGGUUUGAUGUCAAUUUCCCCGCAUCUGAUGACUCUAGGGCUCCCCCUGUAAGCACAUCGUCGGCUCCCUCCUGGUCUGCUCCCUCCUCUGGAAUGUUAAAGUGUAACAUUGGAGCUUCCUGGAUCGAUGGAGCUCUUAAUUGUGGUGCAUCCUGGAUCAUAAGAAACAGCAAAGGUGAGGCCACCAUCCACAGCAGGCGCUCUUUUUCUGCAAUCCAAAGCAGAGAAGAGGCAGAGCUCCAUGCUCUGUUGUGGGCUAUUGACAGCGCCUACUCUUUGAAACUGGAUAAUGUUAUCUUUGAGUCUUCCUUCAUGUUGGCUAGAGCAAGUGUUCAAAACAGGUCUUCUCCUGUAUCACUUGAUAUCAUCUCGCGGUUUCAACAAAUGAACUCUUGGAGUCUUGAUUAUGUUGUACCUGCAAGGAACUCCAUAGCUCUACAGAUAGCAGAUAGUGUCAUCUCUGGAUCGCGACACCAGUCUUAUGUAGCUCGAGCUGGUCCUCGAUGGCUCCAACAAGCGAUUGCAGCUGAAGCUUCUGUUUCUACCCUACGUCUUUUAUCGUUGCGUUGA